AUGCAGAGAUCUAUCCAGAAAGCAAUUGUUUGGUUGGGAGCCAUCUUCAUCGUAUACCAAGUCUUUUCACUUCUCUUCGCAGGACGUGCCCCGCGAAAUGGUUACUCAAAAGCAGUCUCACAGUUUGCCUCUGCCAAGCUAAAAGGCGACCCGCAAAGAGCGGCCGCGAUAGUCCAAGCAUUCCGGUUUUCGUGGGAUAAAUAUGAGCAAUUUGCUGCGCCUCAUGAUACGUUAUUGCCGAUCAGCAAGACCUAUGAGGAUGAUCGAAAUGGCUGGGGCGCGACGGCGGUUGAUGGGUUGAGCACCGCUAUCAUCAUGGAGGACGCUGAGAUCGUGGAUAAGAUUCUCAGACAGAUUAUGCUUACAGAUUUUACUGUUACUAUUGUGCCGGACCAGCCUAUAUCUCUCUUCGAAACGACUAUUCGCUAUCUCGGAGGGCUUUUAUCUGCUUAUGACCUGCUGUCUGGCUCAUAUAAGCACCUGGCCACGGAUAUCUAUCUAAAGAACAACUUGCUCACAGCAGCUGUUAUUCUCGCAGACAGACUCAGCAUCGCCUUCGAUACACCUUCCGGCAUUCCCGACGAUGAGAUCAUCUUUAAUCCUCAGCUCCGACGCUUCGGCAACAUCGACAACUCCAUCACUUGCUUUGGCACACUCGUCCUCGAAUGGACCCGACUAAGUGAUCUUACUGGUAAUCAAACAUACGCCAAGCUUGCGCAGAGAGCUCAAGAUCAUCUGAUCCACUCCAAGACGAAACAGUCCUUUACACUUCCAGGUUUGAUAGGCACAUACGUCAAGCUCAAAGAUGGCUACUUUGGUGAUUAUCAAGCUGGUUGGGGAGGUGGCUCGGAUAGCUACUAUGAGUACCUGAUCAAGAUGUAUGCGUACGAUCCAGUCGCUUUUGCCGAGUAUGGAGAGAGCUGGAUCAAGGCGGCCGAGUCGUCGAUGUCGUACCUGGCUUCUUCACCAUCGACGAGACCUGAUCUGACGUUCCUGGGAGAGAUGCGCGGGGAUACCAUGAUUCCGAUUUCAAGUCACUUGGCAAGUGUUUGCGGCGGCUCGCUGAUUCUGGGAGGGCUCCUUCUCCAGAACCAAACAUUUGUUGACUUCGGCGUCAAACUCUCGGAGUCAUACUAUGAAGUCUACCGUCAAAGUCCAAGUGGUAUCGGCCCCGAACUCUUCCGCUGGGUCGACGAUGGCCGUCAGCCUCUGGCCAAGGCAUCAUCCAAACGUCUUCCCGCGCCAAAAUGGCAAUCCUUUUACGAAAAGAGCGGCUAUUACCAUACCAACGCAGAAUACAUUCUCCGCCCAGAGACGAUCGAAAGUCUGUACUACGCCUACCGCGCCACUGGGGAUCGCAAGUACCAAGACUGGGCUUGGGAGGCGUUUGAGGCAUUGAACAGAAUGUGUAAGGUUGAAGGAGGUUACACAGGUUUGAAGAGUGUUAUGAAGACGAAGAAUGAUAAGACGAGGAAGUUUGUUGACAAGAUGGAGAGUUUUUGGUUGGCAGAAACGCUGAAGUAUUUGUAUUUGAUGUUUGCGGAGGAUUCAGAGUUGCAGGUUAGGAGUGAUGGGAAGAUGAAAUAUGUGCUUAACACGGAGGCUCAUCCGCUACUUGUAAGAGGGAAGUAG